ACAUUUUCAGUAGGUGAUUGAGGAGUGUGUUGUGAGGUGCUCGCUUCGCGUGAGUCCUUCGAAAUUGUGAAAAAUCCCCCUUGGACUGCGUUCACGCGUCCACACUAACUGUUAACAGUGUAAUAAUGUAUUUUAAGAGAAAAAGACACGACUAUCGAAGUGUUAUAUUAUAGCGCAGGUGUUCCACAGUGGAGUUAGACGAUUUUGUUUGCUGCUAAAAAGAUGCACAGUAGCGAGCCCCUCCCACCGCCGCCGGCGACAGGCCCCAACCUCCUGUACCAGCUGGGCCGCCUGAUCAUCCGCGCCCGGAGUGUCAGCCCCACCGCCCGCGCGCCUCGCGACCCCCGCGACCGCCUGUUACAAGCCAAACUGCGCGCCGCCAAACCCUCUACCAGCCAGGUGGUGACUCAGCCAAAACCGGACCCUGUGCCGAAGACGGUGGUGGAAGCUCAGCUGGACAGCCACGUUCAAGCCUUGUGGAGCGAGCAGAUACCUGUCUGUAUUGAGGUGCUCCUUGCCCCGGACUGCCCAGAAUGCUUCUCAUCUCUCAGCCGGAUCGAGGAGGAGGCGGCGUACGACAAGCUGCACUGCACACAGCGAGCACUGCUGCUGGAGAGGUGGACCAUGCGAGCCAGGGCCAACAAGUCCCACGAGACACCAGCAUUCAUCACGUCGCAAUGGCUGCUGAACGCGGUGCGGUCCCAGCUGCACUUCUCUCAGCUGGCGGCGUGGUUGGCUCGGCUGAAGGGCGAGGGUGCUGAGGAGAACGCUAGCGAACGCAGACGCAAGCUAAGCCGCGAACAGUGCAACUUCAAAAAACUGGAGUCCAAUUGCGACGAAACAGACCCCGCCAACGAGGAACGCAAACUAAACAUCGUCUAUUCCAUUAAGAUACCUGGAGAGAGCUAUAAAAUGGCAGAAUUUAGCAGACCACCCACCGACCAUACCUUCCCUGUCACCGAUAUAGGCAACAACGUUUACCUCAAAGUAUCCCUCGAAUCCCUUCCACGCAUCGACGAUAUACCCACAGUCAAAUGCACCUGUCAAAAACGCCGAGCGAGCAAGGAAGUACCUGUAGGCGCCCACGAAGAAUUAGUCGGGAAACUUAAUGAUCUCAGUCUAGGUCAGAAGUACGAAUUUGGUGGCAUCAACUCAAACAUUGGCACUUCAAGUCGGCGACUGUCCAUAAUCUCCAACCCAGGAUCCACUGAGUAUCUCUUCACUACAGAAGAGAAAAAAGAAGAAAAGAUUGUCGACGACAGAAUGCACACUAACUGCAGCGAGAACGGUAAACACAAGUGUAAUUGUGACGAGGAAUCUGACAAUCGGUCUUCUACAAGCUUUAAUCAGGAACCUAAGAAACUAGACGAACGGAGGUUGAAAGAAAUAGCUAAAUACAAAAGGAGACUGCGCAAGGAAAACAAACUUAAGAAGCUGUGCGACAGCACGUCGUCAGAAGGAGAUGGUCUUAAGAAAGAAACUCGUACAUCGAUCCCUAUUUUACAGGCGGCGAGAUUCGACAGAUUCAGAGCUAUAGGAUGCUAUAGAAACCAGACAUAUUUGACAUUGCCUGCGAGUAGGAUUGAAACGAAAUCUCCGUUUAUUGAUUCAGUGAGCGUUCCUCCGACUGAAUACAAAAGAACCGUCUCAGUGUCCACUCAAACAGACGAUAUAUCCUGCCAAUGCGGUGUCAAAGUGAGUUUCAAAUGUGAGAAUUGUCGAAUGGUCAGAUCUGAUGGUAAUUACAACUUGGCGUCACUCGACGCCGAAGAGAAAUGCCAGGAAGAAGCAGCGGAUACCGGAACGCGCAGAAAGUGUGAAGACGAGGAGAAGUCUUUCAAAAAGCUCAAAUGUGAUAAUCUUAGUAGUAAUUUAAUGUGUGAUAAUUUAGUUGAAGAUAGUGUUAGCGUUAGUGAUUUGAUUAAACGGCCAAAGUUGCGUAGGCUCUUGCCGAUGGUCGAUAAGAUUGAAAAGGUCCUGUCUGACAGACGCAAGAAGGACUCCCCAGAAAAGGAUAUGGAGCAACUGCACCUCAACAAGGACGACACAGUAUUCUCUACCCCAAAACCAGAGACGAAAAGACAGAAAACGUUUUCGAUAAGCGAAGACGACUACGUUAUGUACGAAAAAUGCGACUACGGUACCAUAGAUCGUUGUGACAUGGAUUCGCCGAAGGAGGUCGACCAGAACGGAUUCAAAUUCCCGGAUCAGAAAUCGGAUACGGACAAUUUGAAUCCAGACUCGUCGCAGAAUCCUAAUGAAUUAACUUUGAAUCCUGACCCGACGGGUUUAAAUCCUAGUUUGGAUAUUGACGCGGACAAUUUGGAUCAUAAGAAUUUGGAUCCGCAAGUUCCUUCUCCAUCGGAAAUGGACAAGUUCAGGUGGAGAUUCGACUCUGCUGCGUCCAUGGUGUUUCACACCAAGACUGGACUGCCGUUGACUUCAAGCCCUGCUCCUCUGAGGAGGGGGAACAAUUGCUUCGACUUUGACGACUCCAUCAACGGAAUUUCUGGGAUUAAAAGUGCUCUGUUUCACCCGAUCUCCCCUCCGCCGCCCGCGCCGGCGUCCCCCGCGUCGCCUGCGCCGCGCGUUGAACCCCCGCCGCGGCCCAAGAAGGAGACCAACACGCCCAAACUCAGGAUUGGACCCAGUACUGGACUACUUGGCAGCUUCGAAGAGUCAGCCUUGAAGGGCCGGCUGGAGCCAGUGGCCACGGUAGCCGGGUUCACCGCCGAGCUCGGCGCGUGCGGCGCCUUCUGCCCCCCGCACCGCCGUCUACCAGUCACCGUGUUCUUCUACGCACCUGGAGGCACAAACGCACCCUAUAUGGGCCACAUAAACCUGGGGCCAAACGGGUACCGCGUGGCUCGCUCAGGCACGAUCCAGGUCUCCCUGUUCAACCCCCACGGGACGCUGGUGAAGAUGUUCGUGGUGCUGUACGACCUGACCUGCAUGCCGCCCAUGGCGCGGACCUUCCUGCGGCAGAGGACCCUGUACAUGCCUGCCGGGGCGGAGCCCCCAGCGCCGCAUGAGCUCCACAAGUGGCUGCGGUAUCUUAUACACUUGAGGUUCAUGACAUCGAAAUCGGGCAAAUUGUACCUGCACACCGAUAUACGUAUUCUGGUAUCCCGUAAAGCAGACUUAGACACUGCCACGGCACAUUCCGCCUUAUUCCGCCCGAUGCCGACCAAUCAGAGCGCGAUCGCGUCAUCGCCGACCAAUCAGAGCGCAGAAGACAAACCGACCAAUGAGAAGCGGGAGAAUUCAGCCAAUCAAGCGCCUGGAGUCGUCAAGAUGGCGCCGAAUCGUGUCUUUGGCGGUUGCAGCGAGUUUGAACAGAGUAAAAUGCGUGAGAUUGGAUACGAUAAUCAAAAUGGCGUGUCUUAUGAGCUGAGAAGCUUCACUUAUGCCCCGGAGAAUCCUAGGUAUUCUCCACGCUAGUACUGGGCAAAAUUUAUGUACGGAAUGAUAAAUUUUCUCUAUAGUGCCUGUAAUUUUCGGUACGAUAAUUCGUGUUAAU